AUGGCAGUUGUCGAAACACAGGCGGUCAAUUCAGACCUGGAUCCUGAUGAGGAUUUGGAAGAACAGGAUGAAGAUAUUUUCAAUCAGAUGGAUGAGAAUGGCAUCAUUGGAUUGGAUGAAAUCAAUGAGUAUUACCAGCAGUACCAUCCACGACUGGAGGAUGGCUUGGAAACUGUGGAGGAGGAUGGAGAGAUGACUGAUCACAAUAAAUUGAGUAGCCUGGUCUGCCCCCAAGAUUCUUUGGAUGAUGAAAGUUUUAAUAUCAGUGAAUACCAGGAUUCAGACCCUGUUCCCUUGUCCAUGUCUGCAGAAGAGGAUGAAAGUCUAAGUCAUUUAAUUUAUGAAUCUGAGCCACAGGACGAGGAUGGGAUUCUCAAUCGUCAGGUUUCAACAUCUCACUGGCAUCCUGUAGGGGACAAUCAGCUUGACAUGACUGAAGAUGAAAAGGAGCAGGCUAGCUUUCGACUUCCAAAAGAUGUAGGUACCAGCAAGGAGGAGGACAGUUUUGAGGAGUACUCUGACUUGCCAUAUGACGAGCAAAUUGAGGAAACUAAUCCCCGCCCGAUGAGAGACCCAUGGCGCAGAUAUGAAGUCUAUAACAAAGCACAAAGUAUAUUGGAUCGUGGGGAUGAUUUUUCUGUGCCAAGUAUACGGGACCAUGCAGAUAAACUUUCGGAUCAGUCUGAUGAAAACAUCAACAACUCAAAAACUCAGGGUAAAGACUCCAGUGUAUCAGCACAGGAUUUUUAUUCCGAGGACUUUGAAGUAACCUAUUCCAAUAGUGUAGAUGUUUUGGAUUUGUCACAUGAUAGCAAAACAGUAGGAUCUGAUGAUGAGGUUAGAAAGGAGAGGCAAGACAACUCAUCAUUUAAUUACUCAAUAUUGCAUUUUAAUCAGGAGUUGUUGGGACACCUAUCAGUUGAAGAUCUAGCAAGCAGCCCAGGUCUUGAGGCAGAGACCAUUCCGGAAUCUUCAUGUGCAGACAGUGUUGAAGAGCCAAUGGGUAGGUUUUCAAACAAAGGAAAGGGUCUGGGUAAAGCCAGUCAAGAUCCUGGUUCUGGUAAGGAAAAGCAAAAAGAUAAAAGCAGCAAAUCUGAGCUCAACAAAGCUGCAUCUCAUAAACAAGUCAAAGUAGCUAAACAAGAAAACCAUCCUCAUCCCCUCAGUAAACCAUUUAUUUUAAAGGAUAACACUGGUCUGAACUCUAAAGCAAACAGACAAGUAAAAACACUGACUCCACACAGGACAGCCAUUAAUCUAAGAUCUUCAAGAAAUAAUUCAUCCAAGCCGUUAUCGAGAAAGAUCACUUCAGAAACUUCAAUGUACGGCCGAGGUCAACUUAAUUACCCACUACCCGAUUUCUCAAAAGUGGAGCCACGAGUGAAAUUUCCGAAGGACAUGCAAGUUUAUCAGAAGCCCAGGAGUAAGAAUGUCAACAUGCAGUGUAAGAGAAGUGACCCUCAGUUUCUCCUCCACUCUCCAGCAGAGAUAGUCCGCCAAGUGCUGCAAAGUAGCAAUGAAUGUUCACUGAUCACUCCGACCCCAUCAGGGGUAAAGGUUUUGGGAGAAUUCAAGUCAUCGCAGCAAGCGACAGAAAUGGUUUAUCAACUACAGGAGGAUUAUCGCCGGCUCCUAACCAAGUAUGCUGAAGCAGAAAAUACAAUUGAUCGAUUGCGGAUUGGGGCUAAGGUGAACCUCUAUGCUGACCCUCCAAAACCAAGUCAGAGUGUCCAAAUGGCAUCACUUAGCCAGGGUUCAAAGGUUAUGACAUUUACCAUCCCCCAUGCACAAAGAGCUGAAAUUGGCCCACCUUUGAACUCUAGUGAACAAGCAGAAUGUUCCUCAGUAAUAGAAAAGGGUGAAGUAAUAGAAGUUGCCAGUACAUCAGGUACCACUUUGACCCAAAGUCCCUCCAUUGUGGAGCCCACAGCAGGGGAGUGUCUGACAUGGGCCUUAGCCCAGCAGGCAGAGGCACUGCAAAAGCAGAUGGAUGGAUUCGAAGGGUUGCUUAAAGCAAGGAAGAUAGCACCAGGUGCCCAACAAAAGACACUACAGAGGUUGAAGGAUGGCCAGGAUGCACUGGAAAGGGGAUAUUUACAGGCCCGAGAAGAGCAUCGUGGGCUCCAACUCAAGGAUGCCAGUAACAACUCUUAUAUUGUUGGGGAGUUUGAUCCUAACAGGGAAGUGGAAGGGAACAUUUUUCGGCUUGGAAUGCACUUGGAGGAUCUGAAUGAACAAAUUGGCCAGCAUCCAGAGAACCACUCCUUGAACAACCAUCGAUCUGAUAUGUCCCUAACAUCCAGCUCAUGGGUAAUACCCGUCCCUGCACUCCAGACUCCAAUACCAACCCCGUUAUCGAUGGCUCAGACUCCAACACCAACCCAGCACAGGGCCGCAGACAUGGUCCAGAAUCCCAAACCUGAGAGCAUAGUUCCAAGUGCAGCACUCCAACAUGGAACGGUGGAUGUGGAGGUGAGCUCCGUGAGUGGAGAAAGUGAGGUUGGAGAUGCCAUUCCCGAAAGCCUGAAGCACAAGACAAUGCAACUGAAGGAUAAUUUUGAUCAACUGUUGGAGCAAUAUAAAAAUGUCAAGGAUUUACCUCUGUCGCUCGGUCUUGAGAGGUCAAGGGAAAUCCCUGAGACUCCUCAGUCACCCCCAACUGCACAUGCUCAGGAGAUUAGAAUGAUGGACCUAAUCCAAAAUGGAGGGAUAAAGACUCCUAAAGACCAUCUGGACAAAUGCAGCAGUAAAACAUCAGAACCGAACAAAGCAAUAAAAUGGGAAACCACGCUCGGUGAUGCUUUUAAGGAUGGCUAUGGGCCAGUACUGGAACCAGAUGAGUUGUUACCCACAGAAACCAAAACCGGACUACGCAGCAGGUCUCCCACCUCGAAUGGAAUGCCCCUUUCGGAAAAGAAGGACCUUUUGUCUCGAAAAGGUCUAAGUUAUGUGGACGGAAUUGCUUCUCCUGAGAACACCUCUCGCAAAGCUCUGCACCAAACCACGUUAAUCCCUCUGGAGGAACGCAUUGUUUCUCCAGAGACUGACAGUGGGUUUGUGGGCUCUGACAGCAGCAGACUCACACCAGCCAUUCAGACUCCAGAGCAUCAACCCACUCAGAGCAGACUUCAAAACCAAAGGGCAACUUCACUGAAAUCGCUGUGUCAGGAUGAAAAAGCUGCUCUGCGAAGGCAACAGUCUCAGGAAACCCAGCAUCAAGGUGCUGCUGAACGUGAGCGCUCUCCAACAGCACGACUGAAUGAUGUCAUGAGGAAGGACAGCGUUCUACAAGCAGAUGCUUCCCGUACUACCUCACCUCAGCAGUGGACAGGCAGCGUAAUGAGUGAGUUUGAACAGGAGACCUUUGUUAGUCGCACAGAGUCUGAACCCGAUGUUCAAAGUGGCCUCAGUGCCUAUGCCAAGCAGAAACGUCAUCGCUCAUCUCUGAACUCAUCACCAUUAACUUUCCAUCCGAAAGUCCAUUACAGUUCCAGUCCUUUGAGUGUUCACUCAGCGAGAGAUGAGGUGAUUCAGGCUUUGCAAAUGGAGGUCUCCCAACUCAGACAGCGUUUGGAGGAGACACUGCAUAAGCCCCGAGGAGAUUCUGAAAGGAAUCCAUCAACCAGACCUCAAGGCCGUAUGGAUAAGCAGCAUUCCCCAAGGAAAGCGGCAAGGAAACACACACAGGAGCAUCAGGAAAAGAUGGAGGGCCAGGCUUGGAACAAAUCCUCAGCAAGUCAUAGCAAUUCCAAAUUGUUCCCACAACACAAGUCGGACCUAGAAAUAAGUACUGAGUCAGAUGCAUCUUCAUGUAUCAUUCAACCUGUUUCGGUUAAUCAGACAAGCAAGAGAUGGUCUUCUCAUGAGGGACAAAAGCACAAGCCUGUUAAAGUCAAAGGACCAUACACAGGCACUGAUUACAGUUUAUUUGUGCCACCGAGCUCUGUGGAGGGACUUGCAGCCGGAGGAACAUCCUGCCCUUACUGCAGCCAAACCCGAGCACAGACGACUGCAAAUGCCCCAUCAAGGAGUAGCCUCAAAAGGAAUUCCUGCCCUGUAUGUAAAGGAUCUGGAACACGCAUAGACCAAACAUCGGAAGGGAAAGCAGAGCAUGCUGCUAAAGAGGAACUCCCCAAAAGCUCAGGACGGAGCCAUAAGACCAGGAAGCAGCAUGGUGUCCAUAUCGUUGAGCCUCCCCGUGUGUUCAGCUACAUUCCAUUGGCUCACUCUGUGCCUUAUUCUUCACAAGCGUAUUAUUCUACACCAGCCUACACGUACGCAUCACCCAUACAGUCACGUUUCUACUGUUCUCCCGGAUACAAAGUGAGAGAGUCAACCCCAGCAUCUGCACGAAAGAGAUCAAAAAGCUUCCAUCAGCGAUCCUCCACAACAGAUGACAUUUCCAAUGUUAAUGGUGAAGCAUUUGCGCUGUCGGAUCUCAAUUGCUCCCUAGACCAGGCCAUCAAUGCAGCCAGGACUAUCAAAAGGACCACAAAGAAAAUGGUGAGGUCACUCUCAUCAGACCUCUACAAGGCCAAAGCCAUCCAAGAAUGUCACCAGUUAUUAAGCCACUGACAUCAAA